CCCAGUCAAAAUAAAAUUUUGAUCGCGUUACGUGUGUGAGCCCUUAAGGAGUUUGCAGUCGAUGAAAUUGUGAUCAACCUUCCACUUAGGUAAGUCUCGGUUAAUCUCUCAAAUCUCUGCGCGGAGGUUGAAUACAUGAGCUACUUUGCACAAACUGAAGUGGUUCUAGUCGUUAGUAUGCAAACGCGAAACUGAAUGUAUUAAUAAAGAGAAAUUAGGUUAACAAGUUUGAGUAAUUUUACAUGAACUUGUGAUAACAAAUAUACGUGACUAGAGCUUUGAUAGAGAAUGACUGGGCAGUUUAAUGAUAAAUACAUGGAUCAGCUGGAGUCCUGGAUUGGCACGGGCCCCAAGAUAUUCACCCUUCUAUACCAAAUAACCAGGGACGGUUGUAAUGCUACAACAUUCCACCAGAAGUGUGAAAAUCAGGGACCGACUGUGACAGUGUUGUACAACCAACAAGGAUCGGUGUAUGGGGGAUAUGGGAGUUCGAGCUGGAUCAGCAGCAGCGGCUCAUAUAUAAAAGAUUCAAACGCUUUCCUGUUUCAACUGAAAUAUUCAGGCACCGACCAAUGCAUAAAGUUUCCAGUAACGAAGGCAGACUCUGCAAUGUAUGCACUAUCUUCAUACGGGCCUAUAUUCGGCGCUGGACACGAUCUUGUAACAUUCAAGGACACAGUGAACAGCUCUGGUUGCUAUUUCGCUUUAAACGGCUCUACGAACUUCGGAAUCAGCUUCAACAAUCAAGGCCUCACUAUUGACAAAAUAAUAAAUAACAAUUUGAACGUCACCGAGUUAGAAGUUUACAGCAUUACAGAUGGGCAUCGGAAGAAUACUCCAACACAACUACAUCAACCCUGGAGAAACAAUCCUGAAUGGAAUGAUAAGGUUAAGUAUCUGGAGAAGCUUACCGAGUACAUCGUAGCGUUCAAACCUUCCGGUAAGCUGGGACUCUCAGAUGUUCGUAUCCUGAUGCUGGGUCCAGUUGGGACGGGCAAGUCGAGCUUCUGUAACACCAUCAACUCGGUGUUCAAGGGUCGUAUCUCUCAAAGUGCCCCAUGUGGGGUCGCUACCAGUGGAAUUACAAUUGCGUAUACUCCUUAUGAAGUGAAUGUGCGUUCUGGUGCUCCGUUGAAUUUUCGGCUCUGUGACACACGUGGUCUAGAGGUCAAUCAGAGUAUUGACAGUUUUGAGUGCAACUACCUGCUAGAUGGGAACAUCCCAGAUUUUUAUCAGUUUAACCCAGUUGCUCCAAUCAACCCCGAUCAUCCCUUGUUCGUACAUCAACCAAAGUGUGCAGAAAAGAUUCACUGCGCUCUGUUUGUGAUUGACGCUUCUACGAUGAGCGACAUACCACAGAAAUUGGUCGACAAGAUGCACAGUUUCCAAAAACUUGUGAAUCUAAAAGGUAUUCCACAAGCCGUUCUACUCACCAAAGUCGACCUUGUCUGUCAGGAUGUGGCCAGUAACAUUACCAACGUGUUCACCAGUAAGAAAAUUGAGGCCGCUGUGGACAAAGCAUCCAACCUUCUUGGCGUACCUAGAAACCAUGUACUCCCGGUGAAAAACUACGAGCAUGAGGUGCAGCUGGAUGACAACAUAAGCAUCCUGGCGUUGCAGGCAUUGAAUCACAUGCUGCGCGUUGCAGAUGAUUACAUUCAAGUUCUUCAGUUGAAGAUGAAAGCGCGCAACGUCUCCAAGGAGAACGCGGACGAAUGGUGAUAAAAAAAUGCACUGACAAAGAAUGAUCGAAUGCAAUGCUUGACUUGCUUGUAUAGCUUUCUGAUUCAAUAAAAUAUGUCAAUUUUAUCAUUUUUAAAAAAACUUCGGCAACUUCUCAAAAUUCUGUAAAACGUACCAUUUAUAUUCUUGAAAAUUUUAAUUUAUAAAAUGCAAAUGUUUUAAGUUCUGUGUAAAAUUGUUAUCAAUACAUAAUUUUGAUCAAUAUCCUAGUAAAAUGGAAACAAAUGUAUAAAUUUUAAAUUUAUUUUAAAUAAAAGUAACUCUCCUAAUUACCGGUAUCCGUAAUACUGAACUUAAAAUUGAACUUAAGAGAUAACAAUCACUUUACAUCGGUUUCUUAUAAUGUACUGAAAUGAAGGACUUCAUAUGUUUUGUGAUAAAUGCUUUAAAAACAUAUUUCAUUUCUAUAAAUGUUCGUAUUGAAUGUUAUGUUUUACAUUAUAUCUCAUUGCUGUUGACUUUAUAAUUUAAUAUUUAUCUCAUAGCCUUUGCAAUGCAUUUGAAAUAGUAAAACAUUACAAUUAUUCAUUAUGAACAUAAACAAAUAUGAUUAAAAUGUUUAAGUAAGAUUUGAUAUAAUUACCACUCACGACUGUUUCCUUACUGAAAUUGUUGUUAGGUAUGACUCGCAUUACGCUGAUAAAACAUACAUUUUAAUAUAUGUAAUAAGAUGAUGACGUAGAAACACAAAGUAAAAAUUGUAAACAAUUAAAAUAUUAUUAACUAGCAUACAAAUAAAUCUUUUAAUUAGUACUUUUCCGUGUAUAUCACAAUAGAAAAAUUAAAGCGUAUCAAGAACAAA